UCUCACCCACCGCGCAGUAGCAGUCAAAACGCGUAGUUUUAGUCCGCGCGACACUCAGCUCUCAGUGCCAGUACAGUCACGUAUUCGUUACGCGCACAGAGCGCGAGACUCCUCGUACAAGUGCAUGCGGGUCUCGCGCCACGUAGAGUCGUUGGUUUCUCGAGAGCCUUCGAGAGCUGUCACAUCGGACAGGAAUACAAAUAUUACGCUGAGAGAAAAUACAAAAUUAUCUGUUUUGUCCAACAAAAAUACUUAAAGACAGAAUGUUCCGAGCUUGAAGAUGGAAAUGACCUCCUGCUCUGAGAAAACGGACCUCGGACCAUUCAGUUUGUGGAGUUUUAUUGUUAGUUUUGUCAGUUAUAAACUACAGGUGAUCCGGACGGGUCCAGAUUCCAGGAUCUUCUCAGAAAAAACACAAACCGUUCUGAGCCAUGCUGUCUCCCAUGUAUGCAGACAGCUCAGUCAUCAUGGAGAGAGCGCCGUCCUUGCGGAAGGGAGGGAAAACGCAGCCACAGGGUUACAAACAUCGCUGUCAUCCUCCAACCAGCGGGAGCAGUGUUUGUGCCAACCCCACAUACUUUCAUGCAGUGUAUGACAUGAGUAAUGAAGCAUGCCAAGUUGACUCCUUCGACUACAGCAAAACGAAUGGAGGGGAAACCGUGGUGACGGAUGGGACACUUUACUCUUUGAUGCCCAGUGACUCUCUGGUUCCUCCUGUCAGAAGGAGAGGAGGCCUAGUGGACCACCGUGAUGUCAUCAAAGCCCACCAGUCCCAUAAAUUGCAGAGCACGCCACAAGCCCGACGAAAACAAUGGGAAAUGGCUCGGUUCGGAGACGAAGUGCCGGCCAGGUACGGCGGCGGGGGCUCCGUUCAGGGGGGACCCGGCCGCGGCGGCAGCAGGCAGGGCGGCCCGCCAGGGGCCCAGAGGAUGUACAAGCAAUCGAUGGCCCAGAGAGCCCGGACCAUGGCCCUCUACAACCCGAUCCCGGUCCGACAGAACUGCCUGACGGUCAACCGCUCUCUGUUUCUCUUCAGUGAAGACAACAUAAUCCGAAAAUACGCCAAAAAGAUCACCGAAUGGCCUCCAUUUGAGUGGAUGAUUUUGACCACCAUCAUUGCCAACUGCAUCGUACUGGCUCUUGAACAACAUUUACCAGAUGGAGACAAAACUCCACUGUCAGAACGACUGGAUGACACAGAGCCCUAUUUCAUUGCUAUUUUCUGUUUUGAGUCGGGCAUUAAGAUUCUUGCGCUGGGAUUUGCCUUCCACAAGGGCUCCUACCUGAGAAACGGCUGGAACGUGAUGGACUUUGUAGUGGUGCUCACGGGUAUCCUGUCCUCCGUGGGGUCAGAAUUAGACCUGCGGACAUUGCGAGCAGUCAGAGUGUUGCGGCCGCUAAAAUUGGUGUCAGGAAUUCCAAGCCUGCAGGUGGUGCUGAAGUCCAUCAUGAAGGCCAUGAUUCCACUUCUGCAAAUUGGCGUGCUCUUAUUUGUGGCCAUCCUUAUGUUUGCCAUUAUUGGCCUGGAGUUCUAUAUGGGCAAAUUCCACCGCACAUGCACCGACAAUGUCACACAUGAGAUGUAUGAUGAACAGCCCUGUGGUGAAGCUCUGCCUGCUCGAGUGUGUGAGGAAGGGUAUUGUAUGGAAUACUGGAUCGGGCCAAACUAUGGCAUCACACAGUUCGACAACGUCCUUUUUGCCGUGCUUACUGUUUUCCAGUGCAUCACCAUGGAGGGUUGGACUGAUAUGCUUUAUUACAGCAAUGAUGCCUUAGGGAGUGCCUGGAACUGGAUGUACUAUGUUCCCCUUAUCAUCAUAGGAUCCUUCUUUAUGCUUAAUCUGGUGUUGGGUGUCCUCUCAGGUGAGUUUGCCAAAGAAAGAGAACGUGUGGAGAACAGGAGCGAGUUCCUGAAGCUCAAACGUCAGCAGCAGAUAGAGAGAGAACUCAAUGGAUAUCUGGAGUGGAUCUGCAAAGCAGAAGAGGUCAUACUCGCUGAGGAUGACAAUGGCCCCGGUGACAGAUCUCGUCGCAGGCCCACAUUAAAGAAAAACAAAGCUGACCUGUUAAAUCCAGAAGAAGGAGAGGACCAUAUGGGAGACGCAGUUGGCUCGCCGUUUGCUCGUGCGAGCAUAAAGAGCGGAAUGGGUGACGGAACUCCAUUUAGCAAGAAAGAACGGCGUCUUCGCUUCUUAAUUCGAAAGAUGGUAAAGACUCAGGCAUUCUACUGGACAGUCCUUAGCCUGGUGGGACUCAACACACUGUGCGUGGCCGUCGUACACUACGAUCAGCCUGAGCUACUGUCAGAUUUCCUCUAUUAUGCUGAGUUCAUUUUCCUAGGCCUCUUUAUGUCAGAGAUGCUGAUUAAGAUGUACGGACUGGGGACGCGCCCUUAUUUCCACUCCUCAUUCAACUGUUUCGACUGUACUGUCAUCGUCGGCAGCAUAUUUGAGGUGUUCUGGGCCAUGGUAAAGCCAGGGACGUCCUUUGGAAUCAGCGUGUUAAGAGCUCUCCGACUGCUUAGGAUCUUCAAAGUCACCAAAUAUUGGGCGUCUUUGCGUAAUCUUGUAGUAUCUCUUCUGAACUCCAUGAAGUCCAUUAUCAGUUUACUUUUCCUUCUCUUCCUCUUCAUCGUGGUCUUUGCUCUUCUCGGCAUGCAGCUGUUUGGUGGACAGUUUAACUUUGAGCAAGGCACUCCUCCCACAAACUUUGAUACUUUCCCUGCUGCCAUUAUGACAGUGUUUCAGAUUCUAACAGGAGAGGAUUGGAACGUGGUGAUGUAUGAUGGCAUUGAGUCUCAGGGAGGGGUGGAUAAAGGAAUGAUCUUCUCCGUAUUCUUCAUUGUCCUCACACUCUUUGGCAACUACACACUACUGAAUGUAUUCUUGGCUAUCGCUGUGGACAACCUGGCCAAUGCUCAGGAACUAACUAAGGAUGAGCAAGAGGAAGAGGAGGCCACAUCACAAAAGCUUGCUCUCCAGAAAGCGAAAGAAGUGGCAGAAGUGAGCCCACUGUCUGCUGCCAACCUCUCUAUUGCUGCAGUUACAGUAAAAUCUGAACGUAUCGAUGCCACAGACAGUUUACUGGACUGUAAAGAGCAGCAGAAGAACUCGAAAGGUUCUAAGUCGGUGUGGGAACAGCGCACAAGCGAGAUUCGCAGACAGAACCUGAUGACCAGCAGAGAGGCACUUUAUAAUGAACUUGAUGCAGAAGAUCACUGGAAGAUGAACUACCGCAACCGUACUGACAUGAAGACCCACUUGGACCGCCCACUAGUUGUUAAUCCUCAGGAGAACCGCAACAACAAUACCAACAAGCCCCGACCGGGUGAACCAAACCCCCAGGAGCUGAACCAGCAGAGGGGUGAAGAAUAUCUGCAGCACCAGCCCCGAUACCACCACCAUCACAGUCAUCAUCAUCACCACCACCACCAUACCCACUCCAGCCGCCAGUCCCUACACCACCCAGAGCUGGGGGAGGCAGGGUGCGAAUAUGCCCAGAGAGGAGGCGAGGACGUGGAGGGCGCAGGGGAACACAGGCGACCCCGACACCACCAGCACAGAAGGAGGGAUGAAGAUGGAGGAGAAAGAGGGAGGAGACACAGAGAACACCACAGCAGAGGAGAGACAGGAGGAGAAGGGGAGGAGGGCCAAGAGAAGAGGCAGAGGAGGCAUCGCCAUGGAAACCAUGGGGAUGGAGAUGGAAGGAGGGAUAGGGAACGGAGUCGACAGCAUCAAGCUAGAAAAGAGGCUAGUUUAUCGACGGCUCGUCCAAUUCAGCCAGGUCUUCCACACACAGAGAGCCAGUACAGUGAGGAUCUGGACAACCUGCGAAACAGUAGCAAGAUGGCCAUCCAUGACCCUGAUCCCGAUCUUUAUGACCCCUACUGUGACCCAGAGCAGGCCAAUAACCUGCUGAACCUGCGUGGACCAGAUUUCCAUGACAGCAGUCUCAUUCUGACAGACUCCACCAAAACCCCCAGCAAACUCGACCACACUGCCAUAGAUAUGCCCCCGAUUUACCCUUCAUUCAACGCCAAGUUACAAGUGAACAAAAAUGCCAACACAGAGCCAGCUAAAGAAGGAGAGAAGAAAGAAGAGGAGGAAGACAAUGGUGGUGAUGAAGACGGCCCCAAACCCAUUCCCCCAUUCAGUUCAUGUUUCAUUCUUUCCACAACCAACCCGUUCCGGAGAUGCUGUCACUACAUACUGACGCUACGUUAUUUCGAGAUGUGUAUUCUGUCAGUCAUCGCUAUGAGCAGUAUUGCAUUAGCGGCUGAAGAUCCCGUGUGUCCAGAAUCACCUCGAAACAACGUUUUGCGUUACUUUGACUAUGUAUUCACUGGUGUGUUUACCUUUGAGAUGCUCAUCAAGAUGGUUGUGUUAGGCUUGGUUUUGCAUGAGGGCUCAUAUUUUCGUGACCUCUGGAACUUUCUGGACUUUGUAGUGGUUAGUGGUGCCCUGGUAGCCUUUGCCUUCACGGGGAGCAGUAAGGGGAAAGACAUCAGUAUCAUCAAGUCUCUGAGGGUCCUAAGGGUGCUACGUCCACUCAAGACCAUCAAACGUCUUCCCAAACUAAAAGCGGUGUUUGACUGUGUAGUAAACUCUCUGAAGAACGUUUUGAACAUCCUCAUUGUCUACAUGCUGUUCAUGUUCAUCUUCGCUGUGGUGGCCGUGCAGCUCUUUAAGGGACGAUUCUUCUACUGCACCGACGAGUCCAAAGAGUUCGCCCGUGAUUGCAGGGGCGAGUAUUUGGUGUAUGAGCGUGAUAACGAGGUCAAAUCGCAGAAGCGGGAGUGGAAGAAGUACGAUUUCCACUACGACAACGUGCUUUGGGCCCUGCUAACUCUCUUUACUGUGUCCACUGGAGAGGGAUGGCCGCAGGUGUUGAAACAUUCAGUGGACAGCACUUAUGAGGACCAGGGCCCGAGCCCGGGGUACCGGAUGGAAAUGUCCAUCUUUUACGUGGUGUACUUCGUUGUCUUCCCCUUCUUCUUCGUAAACAUCUUUGUAGCUCUCAUCAUCAUCACUUUCCAGGAGCAAGGAGACAAGAUGAUGGAGGACUACAGCCUCGAAAAGAAUGAGAGAGCCUGUAUUGAUUUUGCUAUAAAUGCCAAACCUCUAACGCGCCACAUGCCUCAGAACAAGCAAAGCUUUCAGUACCGAAUGUGGCAGUUUGUGGUGUCACCUCCGUUUGAGUACAGUAUCAUGGCUCUCAUUGCGCUCAACACAGUCGUCCUUAUGAUGAAGUACCACGGGGCUUCCGACGCAUAUGAUAAAGUCCUGAAGAACCUGAAUAUCGUGUUCACAACACUUUUCUUCAUGGAGUGUGUUCUGAAAAUUAUUGCCUUUGGUGUCCAAAAUUAUUUCAGAGACGCUUGGAAUAUUUUUGAUUUUGUGUCCGUUAUCGGCAGCAUCACAGAUAUUUUAGUGACAGAGCUAGGGGAUAGUUUCAUUAACCUGAGUUUUCUGAGACUCUUCCGAGCAGCGCGUCUCAUUAAGCUCUUGAGGCAGGGCGAGACGAUUCGCAUUCUGCUUUGGACCUUCGUUCAGUCAUUUAAGGCUCUGCCAUAUGUGUGCCUGCUCAUUGCAAUUCUGUUCUUCAUCUAUGCCAUCAUUGGCAUGCAGUUGUUUGGGAACUUGAAGCUGGAUGAUGAGACUGCAGUCAACGAUCACAACAACUUCAGAACCUUCAUCAUGGCCCUAAUGCUCCUCUUCAGGAGUGCCACUGGCGAGGCAUGGCAUGAGAUCAUGCUGGCAUGUCUCGGAGGAAAGGAUUGCGAUGAAGAAUCUGGGAACGAGGGACCAGAGUGCGGCAGCAACUUUGCCUAUGCCUACUUUGUUUCUUUCAUCUUCCUCUGUUCUUUCCUGAUGCUGAAUCUCUUCGUUGCCGUCAUCAUGGAUAACUUUGAGUACUUGACCAGGGACUCCUCCAUCCUGGGUCCACAUCAUUUGGAUGAGUAUGUCAGGAUAUGGGCAGAGUACGACCCAGCAGCCUGCGGGCGCAUUCAUUAUAAGGAUAUGUACAGUUUAUUGCGGGUUAUCGACCCCCCGCUGGGCUUAGGCAAGAAAUGUCCUCAUAGGGUGGCCUGCAAGAGACUGCUACGUAUGGAUCUACCUGUUGCUGAUGACAACACGGUGCAUUUCAACUCUACUCUGAUGGCUUUGAUACGCACAGCUCUGGACAUCAAAAUCGCCAAGGGAGGCGCAGACAAACACCAGAUGGACGCAGAGCUCCGUAAGGAAAUGAUGGCGAUUUGGCCAAAUCUCUCCCAGAAGAACUUGGAUCUGCUGGUAACGCCACACAAGUCAGCGACAGACCUGACAGUGGGCAAGAUCUACGCCGCCAUGAUGAUAAUGGAGUACUACCGGCAGAGCAAGGCCAAAAAGCUGCAGGCGCUUCGUGAGGAGCAGAACCGAACGCCAUUAAUGUUUCAGCGCUUGGAGCCAUCCCCGAACCAGGAAGGGGGACCGGGGGUGAACGGUCUCCCCGAGUUGCCGCAGGAACCUGUCAACAGCCUGCCUCCAGAGGGUGGAAUGAAUGAGAGCCAGUCUUGGGUGACGUCACGUGCCCAGGAAAUGUUCCAGAAGUCUGUUCCGGAAAACUGGAACCCUGACAGACCGUAUCCUGAUGACCAUCACGACAGCCGCCAUAAUCCACAGACGGUAGAAAUGAGAGAGAUUGGGCCUGUUGGGGACGGUUACUCGGACACUGAGCCCUAUCACCCAAUGGAAGGGCAUGGGCGGACCAUCUCCAUGCCACGCCUCUCAGCAGACAACCAACGACGGAGACACAGGCCGCGAGGAAGUAACCUCAGUACCAUCACCGACACAAGUCCAAUGCGCCGUUCUACAUCCUCAUUGGUCCACGGACGUUCUGGUCGAGGCGUGCGAUUGGACGAUUACUCUCUGGAGAGGGUGGUGUCAGAGGAAGGUCACCGACACGGUCCGAGAAGGAGAGAGCGUGAUCGAGACCGGGAGAGAGACCGCAGUCACCGCACCUCAGAGAGAUCCCUCGCUCGAUAUACAGACGCAGACACAGGUCUGGGCACAGAUCUCAGCACCACUACACAGUCAGGUGACCUCCCACCUAAAGAGAGAGAACGAGAACGGGGUCGAGCAAAAGACCGUCGCCACCACCAUCAUCAUCAUCACCACCACAGCUCGGUGGAUAAGGAACGGUACGGUCAUGAGCGCGAAUACCACCGUCAUCCUCACGACAGAUCUGAUCGCCAGUGGUCCCGCUCACCGAGUGAGGGGAGAGGGCACAGACAGGGCAGUAGUUCUGUGAGCGGAAGCCCCGUUCCCUCGACGUCGGGGACCAGCACCCCCCGGCGUGGCCGUCGGCAGUUGCCCCAGACCCCGUCCACACCUCGCCCUCAUGUCACCUACUCCCCAGCCGUCCGCAAGCCUCCCUACGGCUCCCCGGGCCAGGGUCGACUACGCUCCCCUUCCCCGCGACACUUCUCUCCACCAGGUCACGAACCGCCCUACCACCUUCCACCCUCCCGCCACGCCUCGCCCCAUCACGGCUCGCCCCGGCACGCCUCCCCGCGCUCCCCCAGGCACGCGUCACCCAGGUCCCCACGUCACGGCCGCUGGGGCCCCCCGCUGGACAGCCUGGAGGGCGACGGACCGUUCUACGAUCGGGACUAUGAGUACGAGCGGCACCACGAGCCACCUGCCUACGAGCAGAGUCUAUCGCAGGGCAACCCCCACCCUCAUCCUCACCCGCACCCCCGGUCCCCAAGGACUGCUCGCCACGGGCCUCCCUCGCACCCGCGCCGUAUGCCGAACGGCUACCGUUCCUCCUCGCCCUCCCCGCACCGGCGCGGCCCCCACCCAGGCCCACACCGGCCACCGCAUGGCCGUGGGCCCCGGAAGGGGUUGCACGAACAAUAUAGCGAGACGGACGAGGAUGAUUGGUGUUAGUGCGCAGGGUGACCAGGAGGGGGCGCCGCUCAACUCAAACUGAGAUGUUUAUGCACCGCAGCAGGGAGAGAGGGGGUGGAAAAGGAAAAGCAAGCGGUGCUUUUGCGCCAUCGUGAGACUCUAAACCCUUGAGUGGCCCAUAGAGCUUCCCUACUCCCUCUCUCUCUCUAUUGCUUUCUCCUGCUCUCUGGACUAUGUUUCCCAUGCUGCUCAGCAAGCAAGGGAAUGGGAGCAUAAGAGAGAUAAAUGGGGUGGUUGCGUUUAGAUGGACUGAACUUUAAAGAUCAGAGUCAUUGUGUUUGAACGCUCCACUCCAGACUGAGCAAGACCAAUUGCUUCUUGCACGACAGAAAAAAUGAAGAGCAACAUCAUCUGUCAAUCAAAAAAAGAAAAGAAAAAUUAAGUUUGAAAAUCAAGCCAGAACCCCUUUUUCCCCCUCACAUCUAUGCCUCUUGAAAAGACCCAAAAAAACAAAAAAGGGAAGAAAAAAUAGACAUUGUUGAAGAAAAAGCAAGUGCUCUUGUGAACAAGAGCUCUACCUACUGCAAAACCAGCCCCAUGUGCUGGCCAAUAUCGAUGAGUUUUAUCAUCUACGUUUACUGUUACCAACUCAAGAUGCUGAGUGACCUCAUCACCUGGGGGAGGGGUUAACUGUCAAAGAGGCGUGGCAUAUGAAAGGACCCAGUGCAGGCGAGAGGAGGCGGGUUGGCGCGGCACACCGAAACCUCGCCCACAAACUGCCACUCAAUCCUGAUAAAGGAAAAGACAGCGGAAAAAGAAUGAAACGGCAGAUGAGGGAGGGACGGAAAGACUAUUUCCUCUUCAGAAUGUCUUCAAUUGAUUACUUCUUCUUUUUGAACAUUUGGAGCUUGGUUAUUCUGUUGCAUUUGCUCAGCUUACUUUGAUAUUUUUGGACUAAAAUCUGAUGGAAACUUGCAUGAAUGAUUUAAAAAAAAAAAUAUAUAUAUAUAUAUAUAUCAGACAGAAGAUUUACUGUGGGAAGGGGGGGUGAUAGCUCUCUUUUUUCCAUUCAGUUUAAGGAAGUUCUUUCUCUCGUUUUCUCCCUGUUGCUCUUGCCAUGUCUACAGAUGUGCAGAUGGAGUUUAUAGAUAGACGCUAAAGCUGACCUUUCUAGAUAGCGAUCUGACAGAUCUGAAUGCGUUUUCUAUGUUAUUUCCAUCUGAGGAUCCCAGAUGAUGUUCUGCACUGUUUAUAAUUACUUUGGAUUGCACUAAAAACGAGCCUGAAUGGUGAAACCUCCCUCAUUACAGCUCUGUCAGCCAUGGUUGCGAACAGAGAGAGAAACGGGGCGAGAGACGUUCUCCUUUCUAAAGGCUUCAUUUGCUAUUGUCAAUAACAGUAGUCUUAUAAUGAUGAAAACUAUCUUAAUGCAAUUGAUGAAGAUGACGGUGAUGCUGAUGAAGAUAGAGGUGGUCAUGUGACUUUGUUGUCUUGUUUUCGGGAGUUUUGUCUGUUGUGGCCAUCUUGUUUCGAACUCUUUGUGUUUGUUUUCGGUUCUGUUCACCACAGAUUGAAGUCUAUAAGGGUGCGCUCCUGAUAGCAUCCUGAAGUUUACGUACUUGUGACCUCAGCUGAGUAGAAUAUUCCUAUCUGUAGUGAAUAGUUCGGGUCAGAGCUCAUGAAUGUUUUAAAAGAGAGAGUCAGGCCAUUCAGGAUACCCUCAGACAGUUUUUGUGUCAGAGUUUUUCCAGACAAAUUCAGGGUCCAUUUCAUAUUUAUUUUUCAAUAGAAAAAGAUGGUCACACAACAGUGUGAUCAGGAGAAAUCGUUUUAUAGAGGGUCAGUUUUUAACCCCUUAAAUUGUUUCACAGCUAAUGCAGAGUAAGUGCAAGUUAGUAUUUUGGGCGAUGAAUGUUGUUGUUUACUUUUUGUCCACGUUGUGGUGCUGUUAUGCAGCUUCAGCCAGGCUAGACUACGGACAGACGACCCCUUAUGAAAAUACAGUCGCCAGAGGGCGCUAUUACAUUUGCAGAACUGUUCCCCGACAGUAGGUGACGUAGCAGGUCUGUCGAAGCUUGCCUUUGACUUUUUUUUUCGACAGUAGUUUUUUGAGAACUUUGACCUGGACAGUCUUUGAUCAAGUAACUGGAAACAAUUCUUCCACCCUGCCUUCCUGUUCCCUGCCACUGGCAGCUUGUCAUGUCUUUGGCUGCCUGCUCAAUCUGAGACCCUCCCCCUUCUGCUCAGGAUACAACAAUACAGCCAAACGUAUAACUCACAGGGGUGUAGAGGUGCGGCCUAUUCAGCCUCCCCUACUGUCAUUGAACCUGUCCAGCUGGCCCACACCCAUCCAACCAUCUCAAAACAAAUUUUUAUUAAAUAUCCCAUUACAACAGGUUUUUUUUCCCUCCAGAAGAGGAUUUUAUUGUGCAUGGGUUACUCUUUUAUAGUUCAGAAGUUUUAAGUAUCAACUUUGUCUCAGAUGUUUCUCCUAAAAUCUAGAAAAAAUCAAAAUAGUCACAAAUGGGACAAUUGUUGACAUGCUGUCUGAAUAUAGAGCUAUGAGUGUAGCAUUAUCUGAAAUCUUUGACUUUUGACUGCAGACUUUAUAUUGGCAAAUCGCAGAGCGUUUUCUGAAACUCUAGAGGAGACACAUGGAGAGACUCCAAAAGUCUGCUGUCUAGGAGUAAGUAUUAAAGAGAUCUCAUUUAUGAUUUUUCUUUAUGGAAAGUUUAAGAUCAGAAACCCUGACUGUUAUUUUGCUUAAAAAGAUUCUGACGUUUCUCCUAAAGCAGUCAGUGUAUGAAACUGUAAGGAUUCAAUUGGUUUUCGAGAUGUAUUCUCACUUUAUUCAGAUAAAAAUAUCAUAAAGCAUCUCAGAAUAGUUUCAUCUAAUCGUGAAGUCAGUUGGACGGUUCUGCAUUGUCUCGUUUUCUGUCCAAAAAUCAUGAAAUCCACAGUACAAGGUCAUUUUUUUUUUUUUUUCUUUAAAAGAGUUUUAAAACAUGAGUAGUCAUUUUAUUUGAUCCCUUCUCCUUGCCAACCCAUUUCCAAGACUUUUAGGGAGGAAACCACUGUUUUCUGGGUGUUUGUUGAUGUUCGGCCCACAUUUACCCACAGCUGGCCCCCAGUUAGCCCCUGGUUUGAUGCCCAUGGGUCCAGAUGAACCUGCAGAGCCACAGUGCCUUCUGUUCUAGUGUCGCACACUAACCCUUCCCCUGCCUCUCUUCCCUCUUCCCUCUAUCUCUCUCUUAAUGUGAUGGACUCAGUCACACUACGCCUUAACAAGUCCCCAUGUCUGCGCUGUCUGCUGGGCUUUUUAAAGACAGGGAGGCACGGUUUUAUGAUGGGGGAAGAUCCCAGUUACUCUGAGAGUAAUGAAGGGAAAUGACAACCGAGUUCUGUCAGGGUGUCCAUCUCGGCUCUCUGUCUCUCUUAGCAAUGCUUCCUCAAGCGGAUGGCAACCAUUUUUUAAUUUGUCUCACCCUGCUCGUUUAGAGAGUUGCAUCGAACAUCGGAGGGAUUGUUCUACUUCUCAGGUCUUUAGCAAAAGGACAGGAAGGCUUAUUUUUGUCAGGCAUGAAUGUUAGUUGGACCUUUUGCAUGGUUAAUAUAAAGCCCAUUUCUCUUGAUCUUGUAUUCUUUUGCUGAAAACACUUGAAAUGCAGGAAAUUUGCUCCAUUUUAGCUCAAGAUGUGGAUCGAUAGUUUAUUAAAAGGAUUUGAUUUUUAUAGAUUAAAAAGAGAUAGCAGAAGGUUGUGGUUUUUAAAAGAACAGUUCGCUCAAAAAAGAAAAUUCUGACAUGAUUUACUCACUCUCAUCUCAUUCUUAACUAUUAUGACUUUAUUUCUUCUGUAGAACAGAAAAGGAGAAAUGUUUUUCUGGUUGAUCUAUUCUAUGCAGUUAAAAUAAAUGAGGCUUUUAAGCUUCUAAAAGGACACUAAAGCACCAUAAUAUAAAACAUUGGCACUAUGUUCUCAUUUUUAUGAGCCAUACAAUAGGUUUGUGUAAAAAAAAAAUAGACUGAAAUACAAGUCACCAUUCACUGAAUAUCUUAAAAUCCACCUUCAUUAAUCAGAACUUUUCAAUGAAUCCAGUUCAGACUGCUUUAUUCACAAAUUCGACCGAUCUAGUUAUCUGGAGGGCUUUAAGACUUUAAAAUUGGCGUGUAGAAAUCACCUUUUCUACUUUGAUGUAUAUCCAGCUCCUGUUUGGUGACUUUAAAUCUAGUGCAAAAUAGUCAACGGGGUCCAACGUAAAAAUGUAAACGUAGUCCUUUUUCUCCUGGUGUGUUUCACAGAACAAAUAGUCAUAUUGGUGUAGAUAAAUGAGAGUGACUAAACGAAGUUAGAAUUUUCAUUUCUGGGUGAGCUGUCCCUUUAAAGGUUUAUGCAUGUAACUAGACUGGUGCAUCAUUCUUUGGCUCUGCUUGUUCAUCAGUUUGGUUCUGACCCUCUUUUGCUCUCAGUGUCAAUGCCUUUAUUGCUUUGAUUUUGACUCGCAUCUUCAUUUUCUGUCCCAACAGAAAGCCAUUUUCAGUUUGCAACACACACACACAAGUGAUCCAUCGUAGAUACACAAUACACUUGCAUUUGAGCAUGUGUUGUAUGUUUUGUAUCGUCCUAGUGGAACAAAGCUGUAUUUUCUUUCUGUUUCAUACGAAAUAAGGGCUUUCCUUCAAUGGUUGAGUGCUGCCAAAACAAGUCACCCUCUAUGUAGCUACACCACUUCCUGUGGUCUCCCUUUGUACAGAACAGAAUUACAUGUGUGUGCAUGCUAACAUGUGUGGGAUCCGGAGAAAAAGGGAGGGGGGGUGAUGGGUAAUGUAGUUUUUUUUCCCUGUAUGUAUGAGAGCGAGAACUUGAGGCACAGCUGUGGCCAGCACAGGCAUUGUGCAUGCCAAAAAAAAAAAAAAACCUAUCAGAAAGGGAUACAAAUGAUAUUGUGCACCUUGGGUAAUUUAGUGCUGGGUUUGCCAAUCCAUUUCUGCUCAGCAUUUACCAUGGCAUUACUUCAUUAUCAUCUUCAUCUGAUCCCAAUCCGAGAUUGGAUACGGAUCCAUCGCCACUUUUUCCAGAAGAUCGGAAUGGGUUGGGUUCAUCCAUGUGACAGUGGGACGGUCGACUGCGAGUGUGUGCGCGUUUGUCCGCAAGCUGAUUUGAAGGCAAGUCGUUUUUUAGUGCCUUACAAUGAACAGUUUCCCAUCGCCGUUACAUGACCGUAGAUACAAAGCGAAGAGGGCCAUCAUGUUUGUACCUCGACUGUCUAUCCAUGUCUAUCUAACUUGUUUUGUUGGGCCUAUCUAUCUCUUUCUCUUCUGUAACUCUUGUAUAUCUCAUUCAUAAACUUCCUGCAACAGUCUGUGUUCAUCCUCUUUCUUCAACAUUGCUAUGUUCCUUUCUGUUUCAUUUCCUCUCGUUCUUUAUGCAUUGUCAUGGUUUCUUCAUUCAAACACAUUGCUGAUUUGAUAUUACGAAAUAUCGUUUUCAUAUAAAUGUAUUAUUAGUAAUUAGUAAACAUAAAUCACACUUAUUACACAUUUAAAAGGUCCACCCAAAAAUGAAAAAUGUCAUCAUUUACUUAUUAAAUGUAGUUCCAAAUCUGUACGACUUUAUUUCUUCUGCGGAACACGAAAGAAGAUAAUGAAAGUCAAUGGGGUCCAAUGUUAUUUUGUUUUUCUUCGAAAUGUCUUCUUUUGUGUUCCACGGAAUAAACGUAGUAAUACGGCUCGAGGGUGAGUAAAAGAUGACAGAAUUUUCAUUUUUGGCUGAACGAUCCCUUUAAGUGCUCUAUAGUUGUUCUGCCGAAGACAGAAUAGAUGCUAAGCUCUCGACUAAAAAACAUGUAGCAUUAAACGAAAAGAUUUCACUUUAAGGAGAAACGAAUGUUACAGUUCUCUAAAAGGAAGCGGCUCACAAGACAGGAAGUGCGUUUUCACCACCGUCAGCAGGAGCGUGCUUCUUCACAGCGCUCGUGUGCGUCGAAAGGGGAAAUAAGUGUGUGGUGUGAAUGUGCGAGUGUGUGAGGAGUUCCUGCGAGCGCGCAGCCACUGUCACCGUGACACCCGCAAACCCGUCCCAUCUCUCCUUAAUCACCCAUAUCCCACCCGCCAUCCAUAUUACUAUUGACCUGAACCAUUUAGAAGCAAAAGAGGAAGUUUAAAGAGAAAAAAGGCCAUGAUAAAGAGAGGUAUUUAAUUACUGAUUUGCAUGUGCAAUGUGCAUGCCACUAUGUGGGUUAACAAGUCAACUUCAGGAAUUAUAAAAUAUAAAAAGAAAUAUAAAGAAAAAGAGUAUAUAUGUAUAAAUAUAUAAAUAUAGUUAGAUGUUUUUAUGAGCAAUGUGUUCCUUUUUUCUUCUAUUUUUAAAAAUGAAAAAGACAAAAAAGAGCACCAAGAGGGGAAAAAAAUAAUACAAGAGACGAUAAAUGAUAAAAACUCAUAGAAUGUUUGUUUGUUUCUAUUGCCAACUGUUCUCUGAGAAUCGUGGGUGAGGUGAGCACACUACAUGCUGUGGAAAUGUAUUACAGAAUUAAAAAAAAAAAAAUGUUUAAAAAAAGGAUAAAAGAUAUCAAGUAGCUCUCAGUGUGAGGGACUGCACAUCACUCUGAUUUAAGAAGAAAUCCAAAACCCUUUUUGCUGAUGUUGAGCUGUGAAAGAGGCUGCCUGAACCUGGUGAUGUUACACAUUUAUUCUGGCUAUGAAAAAUCCCCCUUUUAUCUCUCUCUUCCUCUGUCUCUGUAUCUCUCUGCUAUUUCUACCAGUGCAUUUUGUAAUUCCGAACAGACCUCUUCCUAAAGAACCUGAAUAAAAACCAGAGAGAAUGCAUUCUAAA